AUGACUUUUUACGGAAAAGCUCUUGAAAUAUGUCAUCAAUCAUUACCACCAAACCAUCCUCAAACAUGGAAAGUGCUUACAAAUAUCGGUGGAUUGUACUAUGAAAAAUCUAAUUGGUUAGAAGCAUUGAAAUAUUUUGAAAGAGGAUUAGAAAUAGAUAAAUUGCUACUGUCAAAAAAUCAUCCGGACCUAAUUGCAUCCUACAACAAUUUAGCAUCAAUUUACCAUCAUAUGCGAAAUGAUAAUUUGGCUAUAGAAAUGUUUGAGAAUGUGCUAAACUGUUCAAUAGCAUUACCACCAAGUUUCGAGAUUGCUCACACAAACAAUAACUGUGGUGUAUUGUAUUUUAAACUAGGAAACUAUACAAUGGCUUUAGAAAAAUUUAGAGUAGCGUAUGAAAUGGGUUCAAAACUACAUGUUAUGGACGCUUCACAAUUACUGAUGUAA